CUUGGAAAGAACCUAGGGGGCCAGCUCUUCCUUCCUUCUUUCGCCGUCGUCGUCGUCUGCUUUCCAUUUGAGGAGCGUAACGCUGUGACGGAAGACUGCUCGCUUUCCCAAAGCAUUUCAACAACAUGACCUCCAAUUCCAGUUUAUCCAGCAUGCGGCGACUAGUGGAGCAGCUGAAGCUGGAGGCCAGCGUGGAGAGGAUCAAGGUGUCGCAGGCAGCUGCGGAGCUGCAGCAGUUUUGUCUUCAGAACGCAGGCAGGGACGCUUUGCUUGUGGGCGUCCCAGCAGGAAGCAACCCCUUCCGAGAGCCGCGGUCCUGCACGGUGGUGUGACGUCUGCUGGGAGAGGAACAUUGUCCACUCGUAAGGAACGCCGGGCUGCAUUGGAAGCAUCGCAGUUGGAAUGUUAACUAACAACAACAACAAUAGCAACAACAGCAAAAACACUGCCCAUUUUGCAGUGGGAGAAGGAACGUACAAGAGAAGCACUGGAAGGUCCCAAGAGUGUAUACAUUUUUUUUAAUAUAAGAUAAAAAUAUAUAUAUUUUAGUGAGUGACAUUUUUUGCAUGAAAAUUUGUCUUCGCAAAGACUCUGAUAUUAUUCAAUGGUGAUGGGUGAUGCAUGCAAGGGUUUUUCGGAGGGAUUAAAUGCUUGUUGCUAUGCAGAAUUCACUGGGCUGAAUCCUUACUGCCCCUGUGAAUUGCUAUUUUUUGCUUUUCAUUGGACUGCAAUGAAUGCCAGAUGUAGAUGACUUGGGCCUCUGCCAAUGAAAAGUAUGUAUGCCAUCUCAAACAAAAAUGUAAACAAAACAUUUCAUAGGUUUUCAUUUGUAUCUCCAAAUUGUGUUGUUUUAAGAUGGAUUCUUCCCUUGUUGCUGGGUUGAAUUGGGACUCAAGAAAAAAUGCCGUGAAGGCCAGUGAACAUUUUGGCAUUUGUUGGAGUAAAUAAAAACUCAAAAACUUAAA